AUGGGAUCAGAGCUUGCAGAACUAAAGGCGGAAGUCGCGCUGUUGCGAAAGGAGCUGUCUCGUGUGUCGGAUGAGGCAGAAGUGAGAAAGGUUCAUUUCAAGUAUGGUUAUUACCUAGACAAGUGUCUCUAUAAUGAGGUUGUCGACAUGUAUUCGGACCACCCAGACGCCUAUGUAGAAUUUCUGGGCUCCCGAUACCGUGGUAAGGAAGGAAUCAAGAGGCUCUACAACGGCCGAUUCCAGAACACCUUCGUGAAGGGGCGAAACGGCCCCGUCCGCGGGUUUCUACUCGACCACAUCAUGAUGCAGGACAUCAUCGACGUCGACCCCACGGGAACCCACGCCUGGUGCCGCAUGCGCGCCCUGAUGCAGGCGGGCACGCACAAGUCGAUCCGAGAGACGCACCCUCGCGGGCAUGUGCAGUGGUGGGAGGGCGGCUUGUACGAGAACGAGUACAUCAAGGAGGACGGCGUGUGGAAGCUGUUCCGCUACCGGUACUUCCCGUUCUGGCACGCCGAGUUCGAGACGGGCUGGUCCGAGACCAAGGAGAACUACAUCCCGUGGCCGACCAAGACGUACCCGGAGGACCCCUGGGGCCCCGACGAGCUGAUCGAGCAGAAGAUGCUCUGGCCCGACACGCGCGUCGUGCCCUUCCACUACCCGCACCCGGUGACGGGCAAGCGCGUCGACGACGACGACCUGCGCGCGCCCCUGUUUGGCGACGAGGCCAGCUCCGCCCCCGCGCCCCUUUCGCUGGCUCUGCCGGAGGGCCAGUCGCGACCCGGCGCGGGGUCGCGCGAGGACCCCAAGGUUCUGCCUGAUCUGCUCCAGAACAAGGUGUAA